AUGUCUUCAUCGUCCACCACGCAAUCUGUGGAGGCCGUUUUUUCUCGAGUCAAUUAUCCUUAUGCUUCUCGUGUUCGGAAUGACGUUUACAAUCUACUUUCUAACAUCCCAUUAAUUGUUAAUGUUGCAAAAUUAAACGGAAAAGAUACCAUGCAAUUAACGGGAACCAAAUAUAAUAUUCCAAUGACAUUCUGGAUUGUUGAAAUGUAUCCAUAUCAUCCUCCUUUAUGUUUUGUUUCACCAACACCAAAUAUGGUGAUCAAACAAAAACACAAACAUGUAAGCGAAACCGGACAAUGUUAUCUUCCAUAUCUUUCGGAAUGGAAUCCAUCUUCUUCUGAUCUAUACGAGUUGGUCAAUCAGUUGAGUGCAAUUUUUGGAUCAGAUCCUCCUGUCUAUCAAAAAUCAGGAACAACACAUACCACCACUCCUUCAGGCUCAUUCAAUAGUCCAAUGAUGAGUAGUGUCACUAAUUAUCCUCCUCCAUUUCACCCUCCUACAGGAACUGGAGGGAUGUCAUCCUCGAUGUACGGCACCACUUCCACAACAAAUCCAACAUAUGCAACAACAACUCCAACGUACGGAGCAACAACCAACCCUCCUCCAUUUGGAACAUCAUAUAUUAGUGGUACUACCGUAUAUGGGGUAAAUCCAAUGUCGUCAUCCAUGUAUAAUUUACCUCCGGUUCCAAGACCUCCAACUGAGAGUGAACUAAAAGAAAAACUUAUUGCAAAAGUAAGACAACAUUUACAAAAUGUCACACUCAAAGAAUAUGGAGCUAAAAUAGAAGCAGAAUUUAAAACUCAAAAUCAGUUAAGUGCAAGAGAAAAACAAUUGGAGGUUAUUGAACAGCGUAUGAAAACUGAGCUUGAACAAAUUGAAAAGGACAAAGAAAAUUUAUUACAAAAGAAAGCUUCUUUGGAGGAAUGGAUCAAUAACAAUGAAAACAAACCAAUUGACGUGGAUACAAUCAUCAACCCACAAGACAUGCAAAGCAAACAAAUUCUGGACCUCACAAGUGAAGACAAUGCUAUUGAUGAUGUUAUUUAUUAUUUAGAAAAGAAAUUACAUGCCAAACAAAUUUCUCUCCAGGAAUGGCUUGAGCAAAUUAGAGAAUUGAGCAGACAACAAUUUUUCAAGAAAGCUCUCAUUAAAAAGAUGGCUCAAUGCAAUUUUUAA